CUCACCCGUUAUCACCACCACAAACAAGUCCUAGCUAGUUUGCUAUCCUCUCUUGUUCCACCUACCACUCUUUCUUUGCAACACCAAAAAAGUAAUGGCAACCACACCAGCACUCUCUGGAACCAUGGUGAGCACCUCCUUCCUGAGGAGGCAGCCAGUGAAGGCAUUCCCGAACGUGGGUCAGGCUCUUUUUGGUGUUAAAGGUGGACGUGGAGCUGGUCGUAUCACUGCCAUGGCAACUCACAAGGUCAAGCUCAUUACCCCAGAUGGCCCUCUAGAAUUUGAAUGCCCAGAUGAUGUUUACGUUCUUGACCAUGCUGAGGAACAAGGCAUUGAGAUUCCUUACUCAUGCAGGGCUGGUUCUUGCUCUUCAUGUGCUGGCAAAGUUGUGGAAGGGAAAGUGGACCAAUCAGAUGGUAGCUUCCUUGAUGAUGAUCAAAUAGAGAGUGGAUUUGUUCUUACCUGUGUUGCUUACCCUCAGUCAGAUGUUGUUAUUGAGACCCACAAGGAGGAAGAGCUCACUGCUUAAGAAUGAUAUGAUAUGAUAUGAUAUGUGUGUUACCAUAAAUUGCUAGCUUUUAUCUUAUAUUUCUGUUCUAUUUUGUGUUUUGUUUGUGAAUUUGCAAGCUGAAUGAACUCACUGGCCUUUUCUGAGGA